AUGCCUUCACAAGUAACGACGUGUCUGCGCCUUGCGCGGCAGUUCUCUGCCAAUCCCACAAAGCACCAACGAUUCCUCGCACGAGCAUUCUCGAGCAGCCUUCGCCGGAAUGAGAUCAACAAGGUGGUGGCCUCUGCCGAGGAAGCGAUCAAGGAUAUGAAGUCCAACUCCACCCUUCUUGCAGGAGGAUUCGGUCUGUCCGGUGUUCCCGACACACUGAUCAGCGCCGUGCGCGCCAACCCCUCGAUCACAGGCUUGACCGUUGUCAGCAAUAACGCAGGCGUUGAUGGAGCUGGCUUGGGUCUCCUCCUCCAGUCCAAGCAGAUCAAGAAAAUGAUUGCCAGCUACGUUGGAGAGAACAAGACCUUCGAGCGGAUGUAUCUGACCGGCGAAAUCGAGCUGGAGCUGACGCCCCAGGGCACGCUGGCCGAGCGGUGUCGUGCCGGUGGCGCCGGCAUCCCUGCCUUCUUCACCCCAGCGGCCUGUGGAACGGUCGUCCAGACCGGCGAGCUGCCGCUCAAGCAUAACCCCGACGGCACGGUCGCUCUGUACAGCCAGCCGCGGGACGUCAAGGUCUUCGACGGCAAGAGCUAUGUGAUGGAGGAGGCGAUCAAGGGCGACUAUGCUUUUGUCAAGGCGUACAAGGCGGACAAGCUGGGUAACUGCCAGUUCCGGUACGCCGCGGCGAACUUCAACGGCGCGAUGGGCCGCAACGCCAAGAUGACCAUUGUGGAGGCCGAGCACAUUGUUGAACCGGGCGAGAUCGAGCCCGCUGCCAUCCACCUGCCGGGUAUUUAUGUCAAGCGCGUCGUUCAGAGCACGGCGCCAAAGAACAUCGAGAAGUACACCUUUGCCAAGGAGGAUGGCGACGACACUGCCGCGCUGGGCAAGGGCGACACGGCCGCGAAGCGGGAGCGCAUCGUCCGUCGUGCCGCCAAGGAAUUCAAGAACGGCAUGUAUGCUAACCUGGGUAUUGGCAUGCCCAUGCUGGCGCCCAACUUUGUCGAUCCCUCGGUGGAAGUCAUGCUUCAGUCGGAGAACGGUAUUCUCGGUCUGGGCCCCUACCCUAAGAAGGGCCAGGAGGACGCGGACUUGAUCAACGCCGGCAAGGAGACCGUCACCCUCAUUCCCGGUGCGGCCGUCUUCGGCAGUGAUGAGUCGUUUGGAAUGAUCCGCUCCGGACGCAUCGACCUGACCAUCCUAGGUGCGAUGCAGGUGAGCGCCCGUGGUGAUCUGGCCAACUGGAUGCUCCCCGGUAAGAUCAAGGGCUUCGGAGGUGCAAUGGACCUAGUCUCUAACCCCUCCGCCACCAAGGUGGUGGUGACUAUGGAGCACACAGACAAGAAGGGCAACCCCAAGAUCGUCAAGCAGUGCGAGUUCCCUCUCACCGGCAAGACCUGCGUCAGCCGGAUCAUCACCGAGCUUUGUGUCUUUGAUGUCGACUUUACUGACGGAUUGACUUUGGUCGAGCUUGCCGAUGGGGUUACUGUCGAAGAGGUCCGCAGCAAGACGGAAGCUCCAUUCAAGGUUGCGGACGAUAUCAAGCCCAUGCUUUGA